GAAAGCACUUGUGGCAAUCAUAGGGUGCACGUGUUGAAAGCAUACAAUCCCUGAGCCUUUUUCUUGCUCAGAGGAGGCGUUGCAACUUACGUUAUAAUCAUUUAAACCAAUUGAAGGGUGAUAGAAAGUCAAGUGCCUGCUGCUUCAACCAGGAGGAAAGGAUUCCAGUGAUAGUCUAAAGGAAAACUAUGGGGAUAUUAUAUUCACAGCCCAUUUGUCAUGCAGCUUAUCGUAAUGAUUUGAAUGAAGUCCAACUUCUGCUGGAAGAAGACAUCAAUAAUUUAAACGUCCAGGACAGUUUUGGUGGAGAUACGCCAUUAAUUUGUGCUUGCAAACAGGGGCAUAACAGAAUAGUGAGUUACCUUCUAAAAAUGAAUGCAGACGUCAACAUCAGAAAUAAGAAAGAACGAACGUGUUUGCAUUAUGCUGUCAAAAAACGGUUUGGCUUCAUUGAUUACUUGCUCAUUAUCAUCUUAAUGCCUGUUAUGCUUAUUGGAUAUCUCCUCAUGGUAUCAAGAAGUAAGCAGAAUGAAAACCUCAUCAAGCUGUUACUUAGAGCUGGUGUAGACGUUAAUGCUACUGAUGAUUUAGGAAGAACAGCCCUGCACUAUGCAUGUGAAAUGAAGAACCAGUCCAUCAUUCCUUUACUAGUUGAAGCUGGAGCUGAUCUAUCCAUAAAGGAUAAGAAAGAAGAAACUCCAUUGGACAUAGCAAGAAGAUUGAAGUUUACCAACAUAGAGUCCAUCUUAAAGAAGAAAUCCUAGACUGUAAUGGGGCAUUGACAUGGCUGGGGCUACUACACAAUUCACAGUAAUAAGUGUGCUUGCAUUCCCAUUUUAAUGUGAGCUCAUGUCUAGAGUUGAUGGCAUAUCUAUGCAACACAGACAUAAAGCAUUUAUUACGCUGCUCUAUACUGAUCACUGAUGGGAUGUGACUCAAAUAACAUGUUCACUUUUGUGAAUAGUAGGAUUUUCAUUGCCAUUUCCCCUCCCAACACAUGAUGUCUCUAAGAGUAUUUAUUUGUUAUGCCUUAUCUGUAAAAGCAGAGCAAUUUUAGCAAUAAAGUAAUCUUUUGUAUAGUA